AUGGGAACGAGUAGGGACUUCUGGGCCCCGCGCAUGGAGCAGUACCUCCUGACGAAGAGCCACCUCUGCAUCAGCUGGGACGGCUUCCAUAUCGCGCCCCAGGUCGCUGGCGAGAAGCGGCCCGCAGCCAGCAACGACUUCAACGACCCCGCGCUGCAUAGCGUCUCGCUCCACCUCCCACAACGGCAGAGUACUUCACAAUGGCAUCCAGUGAAAGUAGCGGCAGCAGCUCCUCCUCAGCAUCUAAAGAUCGACGCAGACGGCCACGCAAAGAACGAGAACGAGAUCGCAGAGACAAGGGCAGAGGUGACGGCAGCCACUCCCGCAGUGAUAGAGGUCAACGAAGUGACAAGCAUAGAUCCGAGCGUCCUCCUUCUCAAGAUCGGGACAGACGACGAGCUGAACGUGAACGUGAAGACCACCGUGAACACGAGAAGGGGGCUACACAACGAGCUCAUCCCCCACGUGCGGGCCGAGCAGGUACAGCCACAGCUACCACACCCACACGCAGAGCAGCGCGCAGCGGAGGACCGUCGGCCGCGACAGCAGCCAGAGCAACCAGUUCAAGAGCCGACCCGAGAGGCGAAGAUGCACUACAGCGAGAGGACCCGUGGACAGGGUCUCAGCCUCCACCUGGACCAGCUUCUGCGGCCUCCCACAUGCGUGCUGCAGAAGAAGCGGCUACAACACCCGGCACGCCUACUGGAACACCAGCAGGAGUGGUACCAGCGACUCCACAUCCCUACCCCAGCUGGAGAUGGAUUCGUGCACGACGACAGCUCGCUGGAGCAGCGCCUCAGCCAGCUCUUCUCCUCCCAGAUCGAGUCCGCCACCGCCAGGCUCCAGAACGAGUCCGAGGCCAUCAUACGCAACGCUCAGCAAGCUCUUCAAGGCGAACUUCAGCUCGUCCUCGGACAUGUGCGACAGCAUGGCCGCAGGAUGGACGUCCUUGACACCUCAGUCCGAGAACUUAGCCAACGUACACACACAGUGGAGCAGGAACAACUACAGAUGCGGCAAGAUGUGGAACGGAUUCAAUCGCAAUUGGCAAUGGCGGAAGCUACUUUACCCGCCUUCGACAUGGCAGCUCUGGCAGUUCGGGAUCGACCUCCAGAUCCCCACCUCUACACUAUUGGCGCACCAUCGGCUAUGCAACCCGCAGAAGUCAAGCGAGCUCUUGAACCUUGGAUCAAUGCAGCUGGCGUCUCCACCAACGACAUCGAGCUCGUCGGCGACGUACCCGCACGGCGUUUCUUCCUCAGAGUUGGAGACAGCGCCAACGCACCCACAAAGCUCAGGUGGAACAUCGCAGUCGCCCACCAGAUGGGUAUCGACAAGGCCACUAUCACAGAUCAGUUUCAGCAGCUCUUCCAGGCCACAGAUACGACGCGGCCGGGCCAAGGGCGCAUCUCGGCCCACUCCGUCGAGAGCAGUGGUGCACUCAGUCGGCCAGCCAUGCCGGCCAACUCCGAGAAGGAGCACCUGUCCAUCGUGAUCUGCGGCCACGUCGACAGUGGCAAGAGCACCACCACGGGCCGCCUCAUCUUCGAGCUGGGCGGGCUGCCCGAGCGCGAGCUCGAGAAGCUGAAGGCGGAGGCCGAGCGCCUGGGCAAGGGCUCCUUCGCCUUCGCGUUCUACAUGGACCGCCAGAAGGAAGAGCGCGAGCGCGGCGUGACCAUCGCUUGCACCACCAAGGAGUUCUACACCGAGAAGUGGCACUACACCGUCAUCGACGCCCCAGGCCAUCGCGACUUCAUCAAGAACAUGAUCACGGGGGCUUCCCAGGCGGACGUUGCGCUCAUCAUGGUCCCGGCCGACGGUAACUUCACGACCGCCAUCGCCAAGGGCAACCACAAGGCCGGCGAGAUCCAGGGGCAGACUCGCCAGCACUCCCGCCUGAUCAAUCUGCUUGGCGUGAAGCAGAUCUGCAUUGGCGUCAACAAGAUGGACUGCGACACUGCUGGAUACAAGCAGUCCCGCUACGACGAGAUCGCCAACGAGAUGAAGAGCAUGCUGGUCAAGGUCGGGUGGAAGAAGGACUUCGUCGAGAAGGGUACGCCUGUAAUGCCUAUCUCUGGCUGGAUGGGCGACAACCUGCUGAAGAAGUCCGACAACAUGGGCUGGUGGAAGGGCUGCGACGUCGAGUACGGCAAGGAGACCAUCCACGUGGACACCGUGUACGACGUGCUUGACGUCAUGUGCCGCGUACCAGAGAGGCCCACCAGCGCCCCAAUGCGCAUGCCGAUCUCCGGCAUCUACAAGAUCAAGGGUGUCGGCGAUGUGCUCGCCGGGCGUGUGGAGCAGGGCGUGGUGAAGCCAGGCGAGGAGGUCGUGUUCUUGCCCACGCACACCGCUUCGAACCCUUGCACGGGCAAGGUGUUCACCGUGGAGAUGCACCACCAGCGCGUCGACUUCGCCAACCCUGGUGACAACGUGGGCCUCAACAUCAAGGGCCUGGACAAGAACAACAUGCCCCGCUCGGGCGACGUGAUGGUGUACAAGAAGGACACCACCCUGGGUCAGACGAAGGAGUUCGACGCGCAGAUCCAGGUGCUGGACAUCCCCAACGAGAUCAAGGUCGGCUACUCCCCGAUCGGCUUCGUGCGCUGCGGGCGCGCGGCGUGCCGCAUCAGCAAGCUGAAGUGGAAGAUGGGUAAGGAGACGGGCGGCAAGAAAAUGGAGGAUCCCCACUCCCUCAAGUCCAACGAGAUGGCUCAGUGCAGCUUCCAGCCGCAGCAGCCGCUCGUGUGCGACACCUUCAAGAACUGCGAGGGCCUGUCGCGCGUGGCUUUCAUGGACGGCAACGGUGUUGUGAUGCUCGGCAAGGUCAUCUCCUGCGAGCGCAAGGAGGAGGGUGGUGCCGGUGGCAAGAAGAAGCCGGGCCAAGGGCGCAUCUCGGCCCACCCCGUCGAGAGCAGUGGUGCACUCAGUCGGCCAGCCAUGCCGGCCAACUCCGAGAAGGAGCACCUGUCCAUCGUGAUCUGCGGCCACGUCGACAGUGGCAAGAGCACCACCACGGGCCGCCUCAUCUUCGAGCUGGGCGGGCUGCCCGAGCGCGAGCUCGAGAAGCUGAAGGCGGAGGCCGAGCGCCUGGGCAAGGGCUCCUUCGCCUUCGCGUUCUACAUGGACCGCCAGAAGGAAGAGCGCGAGCGCGGCGUGACCAUCGCUUGCACCACCAAGGAGUUCUACACCGAGAAGUGGCACUACACCGUCAUCGACGCCCCAGGCCAUCGCGACUUCAUCAAGAACAUGAUCACGGGGGCUUCCCAGGCGGACGUUGCGCUCAUCAUGGUCCCGGCCGACGGUAACUUCACGACCGCCAUCGCCAAAGGCAACCACAAGGCCGGCGAGAUCCAGGGGCAGACUCGCCAGCACUCCCGCCUGAUCAAUCUUCUUGGCGUGAAGCAGAUCUGCAUUGGCGUCAACAAGAUGGACUGCGACACUGCUGGAUACAAGCAGUCCCGCUACGACGAGAUCGCCAACGAGAUGAAGAGCAUGCUGGUCAAGGUCGGGUGGAAGAAGGACUUCGUCGAGAAGGGUACGCCUGUAAUGCCUAUCUCUGGCUGGAUGGGCGACAACCUGCUGAAGAAGUCCGACAACAUGGGCUGGUGGAAGGGCUGCGACGUCGAGUACGGCAAGGAGACCAUCCACGUGGACACCGUGUACGACGUGCUUGACGUCAUGUGCCGCGUACCAGAGAGGCCCACCAGCGCCCCAAUGCGCAUGCCGAUCUCCGGCAUCUACAAGAUCAAGGGUGUCGGCGAUGUGCUCGCCGGGCGUGUGGAGCAGGGCGUCGUGAAGCCAGGCGAGGAGGUCGUGUUCUUGCCCACGCACACCGCUUCGAACCCGUGCACGGGCAAGGUGUUCACCGUGGAGAUGCACCACCAGCGCGUCGACUUCGCCAACCCUGGUGACAACGUGGGCCUCAACAUCAAGGGCCUGGACAAGAACAACAUGCCCCGUUCGGGCGACGUGAUGGUGUACAAGAAGGACACGACCCUGGGUCAGACGAAGGAGUUCGACGCGCAGAUCCAGGUGCUGGACAUCCCCAACGAGAUCAAGGUCGGCUACUCCCCGAUCGGCUUCGUGCGCUGCGGGCGCGCGGCGUGCCGCAUCAGCAAGCUGAAGUGGAAGAUGGGUAAGGAGACGGGCGGCAAGAAAAUGGAGGAUCCCCACUCCCUCAAGUCCAACGAGAUGGCUCAGUGCAGCUUCCAGCCGCAGCAGCCGCUCGUGUGCGACACCUUCAAGAACUGCGAGGGCCUGUCGCGCGUGGCUUUCAUGGACGGCAACGGUGUUGUGAUGCUCGGCAAGGUCAUCUCCUGCGAGCGCAAGGUCGCUCACUCGCUGGAACGGCUCGUAGACUCUGCAACGGGCGGAUCAAAACGAGUGCGGGAGUGGCGCGGCAAGGACGAGGAAGCGCUCGAGUACAACCUUCUGUUCAGGUGCCUGGACUCGGUUGUGGUGACGUCGCUCUUCAGCAAGAGCGAGGCGAAGUACUCUAUCGGUAAUAGCUUUCACAGUGGAAUGCGCUGCCUGAUCUAUUCUACGGUUAAUAUUUCCAAAGACGUCCAUGGGAGAGACAUCUACUACUACGGGGAGAGUUCUGUGGUGUUCAUCUAUGAACAGUACGGGUUCCAGUUUUGCUACCGAUGGCUUGCCCGCCACCGCGAGUGGUACAAGUUGCAGCACGCUCUUCAUGGGAAUGGAACUUCGACGCUCCAGCUCACGAAGAAGCAACAGAAGGCCCUGAUGGCACAACAGGGCGGCAGAGUCAAGAGUGCUCUCACCAGCACCCCCGCGAAGAUGAUGACCAGGGUUAUCUCGGCGCUCGAGUUUGACUCGAUCGAGAAGCCGCAGGCGAUCUACGACCACUUGCGGACAAUUUCUAUGGAGAAGAUGAAAGGUAUCUCGCAGUUACCUAUCAAGGACGUCUCGGAGGCGAUCCAGAAGUGGUUGAAAGAUGUUCCCCUAGGCACGAAGCCUAAACCGACGCUCGCGGAGAAUUGGCUAGCAGCGGGAGGGGGCAACGACAAGCCAAAGAAGAAGAAGGUCAAGCCCCCAGCCCCGCCUUCCUGGGCAGAGACGGCGACGCUCGACCCCGACGACUGGGCUCUUGACGCGGCUCGAGGACUUCCCUCGACUACAGAAGCUCACGACAAGAUCUACCUCAUCACGGCAGAGCAGCUUGCCGCGCGUCAAAGUGCCGACGAGCGGCGGGCGGGCGAACGCCCCGCGGCCUCCCUCGCGAUCAUCUCGGCGAAGGGCCCGCAGCAGAUCUCCAAGCACUUGAUUGUUUUGGCUGGCAGACGUGAGUUGGCGAGUCAUUUGAAGCAUAUGAAUGUUCCCCUUAUAUUAGUGGACGCCGUGCAAUCAAAACCCUUCUCGCUUGGACAAGCGGAGGUGUCGCCGACGCGGGCGUUGCCCCCGAAGGGGGUUCCUACUGCGAUCGCCUGGGAAGGCGAGCGGGUCCCAACUCUGAUGCAGAUCGCUAUCCUCGAGACGGCAGCCUCGUCAACGGCGUUCAAGGACUCGUUGAAGCUCCACGGGCAAUCGCGGAAGGAAGCGCCCGAGUACAACCUUCUGUUCAGGUGCCUGGACUCGGUUGCGGUGACGUCGCUCUUCAGCAAGAGCGAGGCGAAGCAUUCUAUCGGUGAUAGCUUUCGCAGUGGAAUGCGCAGCCUGAUCUGUUCUACUGCUAAUCUUUCCAAAGAUGCCCAUGGGAGUGGCAUCUACUACUACGGGGAGAGUUCUGCGGUGUUCAUCUAUGAGCAGCACGGGCUCCAGUUUUGCUACCGACGGCUUGUCCGCCACCGCGGUUGGAACAAGUUGCAGCGCGCAAUUCAUGGGAAUGGAACUUCGACGCUCCAGCUCACGAAGAAGCAACAGAAGGCCCUGAUGGCACAACAGGGCGGCAGAGUCAAGAGUGCUCUCACCAGCACCCCCGCGAAGAUGAUGACCAGGGGCAUCUCGGCGCUCGAGUUUGACUGGAUCGAGAAGCCGCAGGCGAUCUACGACCACUUGCGGACAAUUUCUACGGAGAAGAUGAAAGGUAUCUCGCAGUUGCCCAUCAAGGACGUCUCGGAGGCGAUACAGAAGUGGUUGAAAUAUGUUCCCCUAGGCACGAAGCCUAAACCGACGCUCACGGAGAAUUGGCGAGCAACAGGAACGGACAACAACACGCCAAAGAAGAAGAAGAAGGUCAAGCCCCCAGCCCCACCUUCCCGGGAAGAGACGGCGACGCUCGACCCCGACGACUGGGCUCUUGAUGCGGCUCGAGGACUUCCCUCGACUACAGGAGCUCGCGACAAGAUCUACCUCUUCGCGGCAGAGCAGCUUGCCGCGCGUCUAAAUGCGAACGAGUGGCGGGCGGGCGAACGCCCCGCGACCCCCUUCGCGAUCAUCUUGGCGAAGGACCCGCAGCAGAUUUCCAAAUGCUUGAUUGCAAUGGCUGGCGGACGUGAGUUGGCGAGUAAUUUGGAGUACAUGAACGUUCCCCUUAAUAUUCGUGGACGCCGUGCAAUCAAAACUCUUUUCACAUGGACAAGCGGAGGCGUCGCCGACGCGGACGUUGCUCCCCGGAGAGCUCCCACUACGAUCGCCUGGGAAGGCGAUCAGGUCCCAACUCUGACGCAGAUCGUUUUCCUCGAGACGGCAGCCUCGUCAACGGUGUUCAAGGACUUGUUGAACCUCCACGGGCGCGCCCCGCUGCGCGACAACGACCUGUUGCUCCGGAGAGAGCGGGCUGGCAUCUGGCAGUCGUCUGCUGGCUGCGCCCCGCUUCCGAAGGAGCGGCGCGGUGGCUGGCGCUCGUCCUGGGGCCAGCGAUCCAAGGGCGGUUGCUCUGACUUGAAUAGGCUGGCCGCUCAGAUCCAUGGUUUGUGCACUGCAGGUCAAUCAGGCGAUGGCUCUGCUCGCGCGCCAGCGGCGUCGUUCAAGCCGGGCAAGGGCAUCGCCGCAGAUGCAGCUCGCGCUGGUGAGCCCGAGGUCACAGUACUUCCACUCGGCGACGGUGUAGCAGCUCCUGUUGAUGGUGACGCAGCUCCUCCGGCGGGCGGCGCAGCGCCCACUGCUGCUGGCGCAGCGCCGACUGCGGACCGCGUCCCGCAGGAGGCCUGCGAGGCGCAGGCGUUCGACGCCUUCGCGAAGAAGGCGCGCGUGCAGCCAAGGGAGCCCGCCGCGUCGCGGGCGUCCAAGGGCGGUGUCUUCAAGAUCGCGCUUGAACCGGGCGACGGCCCUUUCGCGCAGAAUGCGUUCGCUUCCAGGUGGUGCGGAAGGGCGCCCAGGUGGGCCAAGGCCAACAACCGCGCCGAUAAUCAGGCGCUCGUUUUUGCAAAGGCUGCAUACAAGUCGGCAGGCGAGAUGUGGAGGGGCAAGAAGAACGCUUGA